UCAAUAGUGGUUUGGUCACCCCUCUUAAGAUAUUAGAGAGCUUUCAAAACUGCAAUUAGGUGAAGUAAAGUUCACACAAUGGCAGAAAAAAUGAACAAUAUGGCUGGAUCAUAUUUUCUCGUAUUUCUCAGUGUUUUUAAUUUUGCUGCUCUGGUUUGUGUCACAAUAUACCACAUACAAUAUGAGAAUAACUAUGCGGACAUCUCAUCAAAUAACGUCAUAGACGAGAUAAAACAAGAAUUUAAAGAAUGGCUACAUCCAAAAAGUAAACGAAGCAAUGGUGGACCACAGACAGACAUAAAAGCUUUUGUUUAUGAUAUAUUACAUACAGAGAAAGACAAUAUAUUGGAAGAAUGUCGUAAAAUUUCUAAACAAGAAGUUUUGGAAAUACUUAAAGAAGCAGUUGAGUAUAUGAGACCCAAGGUUGAAGACAAAAGGCAGAAACGUCAAACAAACACGACUGCUGGAAAUGAAUUGGCCAACAUUUUUGGACAAAUCGCUCAAACUGAGGUUGAUAUCCUAACUCAGUAUUGUGGAAACAACAGCCAUAUCUGCUUACCAGGACAAAAAGGCGAACCUGGAAUGUACGGCAUACCAGGGGCUAAAGGCGACCAUGGAGUUAUGGGACCUCAAGGACUUAAAGGCGAGCCUGGCUUGUUCGGAAUACCAGGGUCCAAAGGCGACCACGGAGUUAUGGGACCGCAAGGUUUGAAAGGAGAUACAGGGGCUAAGGGUGAAAAUGGUACUAAGGGAGAACCAGGUGCGAGGGGCCCGGAUGGAACUAAGGGAUCGUCCGGUCAAAAAGGAGAGCCUGGCUUAUUCGGGAUACCCGGAGCUAAAGGUGACCAUGGAGUUAUGGGGCCACAAGGUUCGAAAGGGGAACCAGGCGUUGCGGGUAAAGAUGGUGCUAAGGGUGAAAUGGGUGCGGUCGGUCCGGACGGAAGAGUUGGAACUGCUGGACCAAAAGGUGACAAAGGAGAAAAGGGACAAAUGGGUUUGUACGGUGUCCCAGGGGCUAAAGGAAAUCGUGGAGUUAUGGGACCUCAAGGUAUUAAAGGUGAAACAGGACUUCCUGGACUAAAGGGUGUACAAGGAGGCGUGGGACUAAAUGGAAGCCCAGGUCUACCGGGACAGAAGGGUGCUAAGGGAGAUAACGCUGACGCUCUUGCUGCUCCAUGUUGUACAAGUCUUGGUAUCCCCGAGUUCACAGAGCAAGUUCAGGAAAUAAAGGUCACAGAGGGAUCAAAUGUGACCUUGAACUGUAACCCAGCAGGGUACCCACCUCCGACGCUUACGUGGAAUCCAAACCCUUCAGGAUUAGACCACACCAGGACUACUGUUUCUCCCAAAUCCAUCACCAUGACAAACGUACAUGUAACAGACAGUAAGAUGUUCACAUGCCUAGCAAAGAACGCGCUAGGAGACUCGGAGAAAAACUUUAAUCUGAAAGUUUAUCAGCAUCUUAAGUUUGACAAAAUGCCCCAGAACCACACAAUUAUGAUAGGAACUCCAGUGACCCUUGAAUGUCAAGUGGAAGGACCCCUUAACCCUCAAAUCUCGUGGUACAAGAUUAUGCCAGACGGAUCACGAUUCCAAGUGACUAAUGGAGUUACAUCCAUCGUAAAUGGUUCACGGCUUCACUUCGAUCGAAUGGAUAGCUCUAAAAUAGGCCAGUAUAUAUGUGAAGGAAACAAUGGCGUAGAGAAGGUGCAAAUGACAGCCGCCUUAAGUACCUUCGGACCACCUCACAUCACUUCCCCCUCUACCGUAACAGCAAUAAAGGGACAGACUGUAAGACUUACAUGCGAUGCUGACGCAAGACCUCCAGCCACUAUUUCAUGGACAUAUCCGCCUGGUGUGACAAACGCCUACAAGGACACGGAUGGAUCUUUGGUCAUAGUGAACGCUCAGACAACGGACGCUAGAUAUUUUAUAUGUAAAGCUACAAACCAAUACGGAACUGAUCAAGCGCAGAUAACUCUUAACGUUAAAGUACCAGCCGAAGUGACUGUUAUUCCGGAUAAGAUAGCAGUGGUUCCCGGCGCCACAAACAUUGCUCUAGAAUGCAAAGCAGCAGGGGACCCGCCUCUCACCGUAGAAUGGUUUAAAGACGGAAAUAAACUAACAGGGAAUGGACAUAUUUUUAUCUUGCCUGGAAAUGUACUUCUUGUAAAUCAAGCUACCGCUGCAGAUCUUGGGGAAUAUACAUGUAAGGCGUCAAAUUCAUUGGGGACCGAUUCCGCAACUUCAGUUGCAUACACCAGUGCUGGCGAUGUCAGAUGUUUUGAUGCAUUUACAGUAUGUUCAUCUGAAAUAUGUGGAGUUAACUGCCCAGCAAAUUGUGCCUCCAGUCCAGCAACUGUUUCUGGUGGCCCAGUGCUUUAUAGCAAGGUAUCGAGCGUCUGUAAGAGCGGAAUUAGUAGUGGUGUAAUAACGAACGCUGGUGGAACUGUUGUGUGGAGAAACUCGAACAUGGCCGAACUGCUGGGAGUUAACAAAACAACAACAAAUUUACCUCCAUAAGAAUGAAAUGAGGAAGCAAGACAACAUUGAGUGAUCGACUGUUGUUUUCAUAUUUACGAUGUUGCAAAACUGAACUAAAUAAAAUGUCUACACCA